AUGGAUUAUGCGCUCAGCACACUCGAACUUAAAGAUGACACCGUCAUCGUAGUACUAGGUGCCUCGGGAGAUCUUGCUAAGAAGAAGACCUUCCCUGCUCUUUUCGGACUCUUCCGCAACAAGUUCCUUCCCAAGGAUAUCAAGAUCGUCGGAUAUGCUCGGACAAAGAUGGACCACGAAGAAUUCCUGAAGCGUGUGCGAUCAUACAUCAAGGUUCCCACCAAAGAAAUCGAGGAGCAGCUGGACAGCUUCUGCAAUCUCUGCACCUACGUCUCUGGUCAAUAUGACCAGGACGAUUCCUUCAUUAACCUGAGAAACCACCUCGAGGAGGUUGAGAAGGGCCACAAGGAGCAAAACAGAGUCUUCUACAUGGCGCUGCCUCCCAGCGUCUUCACCACUGUGUCAGAGCAACUGAAGAGGAACUGCUAUCCCAAGAACGGCAUUGCUCGGAUCAUCGUUGAGAAGCCCUUCGGUAAAGACCUUCAGAGCUCGCGUGACCUCCAGAAAGCCCUUGACCCCAACUGGAAGGAAGAGGAGAUCUUCCGGAUUGACCACUAUCUGGGUAAGGAGAUGGUCAAGAACAUCCUUAUCAUGCGCUUCGGCAACGAAUUCUUCAACGCCACUUGGAACCGUCACCACAUCGACAAUGUACAGAUCACAUUUAAGGAGCCUUUCGGUACAGAGGGUCGUGGUGGUUAUUUCGAUGAAUUCGGCAUUAUCCGUGAUGUCAUGCAAAACCACUUGCUGCAGGUCCUGACAUUGCUCGCCAUGGAACGUCCCAUUUCCUUCUCCUCUGAAGAUAUCCGUGACGAGAAGGUUCGUGUCUUGCGUGCCAUGGAUCCCAUCGAACCCAAGAACGUCAUCAUCGGCCAAUAUGGAAAGUCUCUGGAUGGAAGCAAGCCAGCAUACAAGGAGGAUGACACUGUCCCUAAGGAUUCUCGGUGCCCGACUUUCUGCGCCAUGGUUGCAUACAUCAAAAAUGAGAGGUGGGAUGGUGUUCCCUUCAUUCUGAAGGCUGGAAAGGCCCUGAAUGAGCAGAAGACCGAGAUCCGUAUUCAAUUCCGCGAUGUCACUUCUGGUAUUUUCAAGGAUAUCCCUCGUAACGAGUUGGUUAUCCGAGUGCAGCCCAACGAGUCGGUGUACAUCAAGAUGAACUCCAAGCUGCCUGGCUUGUCCAUGCAGACCGUCAUGACUGAGCUGGAUCUCACCUAUCGCCGCCGUUUCUCUGAUUUGAAGAUUCCCGAAGCCUACGAAUCGCUCAUCCUGGACGCUCUGAAGGGUGACCACUCUAACUUUGUGCGUGACGAUGAACUCGACGCAAGCUGGAAGAUUUUCACGCCUCUCCUGCACUACCUUGACGACAACAAGGAGAUCAUCCCCAUGGAAUACCCCUACGGUUCCCGAGGACCCGCUGUUCUUGAUGAUUUCACUGCUUCGUUCGGCUACAAAUUCAGCGAUGCUGCUGGUUACCAGUGGCCCAUGACCAGCACUACCCCCAACCGUUUGUAG